GAAAACUGCAAGUGACCGUAGAAAAAUGUAUCGACUAACUGUAUUCUCUAUUAUUUUUUGUUUGAAUGUUUUUGCGGUGCAAACAUUUAAUUUAACUCCAAAGCCGACUCUAAUCAUACGCAAACCGGCCACCAACGAUAUUAAACACAAGUCGGCUGAAAAGUCUAGUUCAUUAUUCGGUUAUACAAUAGUGUUGCGUGGCAAAAGCAUUUUAAUUGGUGCUCCACAAGCGGUACUACAGCAGACUGACGGUAUAAGGACAGAGAGUGGCACCAUUUACAAAUAUAAUUUAAAAACCGACCAAAUUGAACCAUUUAACUUUGCUAAACUCAGAAUAUCAUCCAGCUUUGGUAAUCUUGUACCAAAUGCAACUCAUCAGUGGUUGGGUGGUGCCAUGGAAGGUGGCAGUGGAGAUAAGGAUCCUUUAGUCAUAUGUGCGCCUUUACUAACAGCAAUUUAUUCUGGGAGGUAUAGUAAUUGGAGAAAAGACCUGGCAAUGCAUGGAGUUUGUUACUACUUGAAAAACGGCUUAGCCAAGGAAUCAAACGACAGCAUCGCUUGGACUCUUAGUCCUUUUACGGAUAAAGAUCAAGAGAGGAGGCAGUAUGAUGACGGAAACUUCGUUUUCGGAUUAAUAUUUGGUGAAUUUGGUUUUAGUGUACACAUAACCCCGAACAAUGAAGAAAUUUUGGCGGGUGCACCUGGUAUAUAUGGCUGGUCAGGCACCGUAGUGCAUUUAAACAAAAAGGGUCAAUCAAUAUUCGAAGUGGGACAUAGCAACUUUUUUGAGUACACCGGUUAUGCAAUUGAUUCCGGCUAUUUCAGCGGCAAUCGCCGGCAAUUGUUUUAUGUAACUACACAGCCAGGUUUUGGUGCUAAUAAAAAAUUUGGAAAGGCAUUUAUCUACAGCAAGGUGAGAAAUGAUGCUUUUGUGGAACUAACAUUGGAGGGCCAGCAAUAUGGUGAAUUCUAUGGCUAUGCAUUGUUAGUGGAGGACAUCACAGGCGACGGUUUGGAUGAUAUUCUCAUUAGUGCACCAUAUUAUAGUACCAAAAACAUUUACAAUGCCGGAAGAGUAUAUGUUUAUAUUAAUCGGGUUAACCUGGACCAUAUAAAUUUCAAGCCAUCGAUUUUGAAUUCACCUUUUCCGAAUAGCGGCUAUUUUGGAGCUGCGAUCACAAAGUUGGGCGAUAUUAAUAAAGAUGGAUAUAAUGACCUAGCAAUUAGUGCGCCAUUCGCCGGAGCUGAUAAUGAAGGAGCUGUAGUAAUUUAUUUUGGUGGACCAAAUGGUCUCGAUACCCAGCCAAGACAAAUAUUAAAAGCGAUUCCUCAGAUCGGCAGCAAUAGCAUGUUCGGGUUGGGUCUCUCGAAGAGUCUGGACCUAUAUGGUAAUGAUCAAAAUUGUCUUGCCAUAGGUGCGCCCAACGCUGACACAGUUUUUCUCUAUCGUUCCUAUCCCGUGGUAAAAAUUAACGCAUCUAUAAAAGCCUUAAAUGCUUAUCUACCGUUAAAUACAAAGGAAGUAAGAAUAGACAUCUGCGUUAAUAUCUUGACAAAUUUUACUAGAGUAAAGAACCAAGAGGUUUUAUUGGAUUUGAAAGCUGAUGAAAGAAUUGAUACUGGAGAGUGUAUCCGCAAUAAAACGUUCCUAGCGAAACCACACGCAACAUGUUUUGAUUGUCUAGCAAAAAUUACAUCUACUGAAGCUUCCGUAUUUGUGCCGAUGCUAAUGGAACUCUCAUAUCGCUUGAAGAACGACGCAAAGACAGCAAGUGAGACCGAUUUUUGUGAAAAUUGUGCUGCAGUCGAUCCGACUUUGCCGAAUCUGAUCAAAAUUACUAUUCAGUAUUUGCACGAUUGCGAGGGUAGUGUUUGUGUGGCCGAUUUGCAGCUACAGAAUGUGGAUAUACCACCUAAAAUCACAUUGGGAAGCACGAAAGUUCUACCUCUAAAAUAUAAGAUAAAAAAUGUUGGCGAGAAUGCUCUCUACACAAAGUUGAUCAUAAGAUCAGCGCCAAGUAUGCCAAUCGCCCAAAUGCCAGCCGAAUGCAUCAUGGAACUCAAUAGCGACUGGCUUAUAUGCAGUUUAGCGCAACGACAAGCGUUCACGGGUAAUACAACGCUGGAGGUAGAGGUGAGUUUGGAUUUGAACGAAGUUGUGGGCAUUGAUAAAUUGACUAUAGAAGCACACGUAUCGAGCGCUGGUGAUGAGAAAACGCCAGCUGACAAUUCUGUUGUCAAUACAAUAGAAUUAAUAACAGCAGCAGAGAUUUGGAUAACUGAGACGACCUCUAAUGAGAUCACAGAAAUUUUAAACGAAGAAAAACGUUAUAGGGUAAAAAGAUAUUUUGAGUUAACCAACAACGGACCAAGUUCGUUGGGAGGUUUAAAUAUUCUGAGUGCCGCUCUUCCCAUUGGCUAUGUGGACGACAAAGGAAUUGAACAAGACUAUGUGAGCAACAUUACAGCACAAGUUUACAUCAAGGACUUCAUAUAUCCACCAAUGAGCUUUAAUACAACACAAUCGUUAUCACAUGAAGAAUUGAAUACAACCGAGUUGUUGAAUGUCUAUCAUAUACCGGAAAAUCGCACAACAUUUCUUAGUUGCCAACCGAAUGGAGAGACCAACGUGAAAAGAUUAUGCGCUUUCGGUAAUUUUCCAUUAACCUCUACUUUGCGUUCUGCACAAAAGUUAGCAUUAAAAUUACAAUACGAAAUUCAAUGGCACAAUGUUGAGAAUUUGAUGUUGCGCGAUAGAGAGUAUUUGGCACAUGUCGCCAUGGUGGAUCUGCAACCGGGUGCCAAAUUGAAUGGGCUACUGAGCACAAAGAAGCGCCUUAAAGCUGCCUUGUUUGUGAAAAUCAAUAAGAAGAGUACGCUUUGGAUCUAUGUUGUUGCUGCAAUUGGUGGUUUAUUGUUAUUAGUUGGAAUUGUACUCUUAUUGAAAAAGUUUGGUUUCUUUAAACGCCUGACACGCGAAGCCAUGGAGGAGAAUUACAAGGAUAAGGAAGAGAAAGCCCUCAUGAAAGAUCAACUAGAUAAAGUUGCGGACGAUAUAGAUAUGGAGUUGGAUGAAAACGUUGAGUGUAAUUAAAAAUGCCAGCAAUUAUCUUUAAUCUAAGUGAAUUUAAAAUUAUUUAAUUUAUUAAAAAAAAUUUUAAAACAA